AGCAGUUGUCUAUAUUCUACUGCUCUAUAUAAAUAUUUAUAGAACUUGGUUAAAUGGCGCCAAUGUACAGCCAAAGUGUUUAUGUAUGUUCUCACCCCAUUUAUAAUAGCUUCGUUUUCUUAUAUACUAUAGGGAGGAAAAGGUUGCACAGUGAGAGAAAAAUGGCAUCAAGGGGAAGAGGAAGAGGAAGAAGAGGAAGACCCAGGAAGCCAAGGGAGACUCGGAUGGAUGCAGCCUUGGACGCGAUGAAGGAAUAUGGUUUCAAGGAGAAGGAUAUUAAGCAAGCAGUGAAGGAGCUGUUAGAGGUAUACGGUGGGACUCAAGCCUGGCCACAUAUCGAAGAUCAUGGAUAUAGCAUGCUUCUUGAAGUUAUUUUAAGCAACCAGGAAGGGGAAAAUGGAGAAGCUGGGCCAAGCCAGACGGGAGCAAAUCAACCCGAAGAGACAAUGGCCUCGGAGCCUCUAAAUGGUGACACGGAACAAAAUUUGGAUACUGCACCAAUAGGUAGUAUGGAGCCUCCAAAUAAUGCCGAACUGCCUAUUCCUGACAUCAUUGAAAAUGCACCAAAUAAUGACAAUACAGGUAUGGAAGACUCCCGUGGACUUGAUGUUACUCUUAUGGCCCCUGUUAUCAGCUCAGAUGUCAACCUCGGUAAUACUAACACCGAGCUUUCCCUGGCCAUCCUCCCUCCACAAGCACCGGGGGGAACUAUUCCAAAGAAAAGACGCAGGCCUUGCUACGGGUGGAUUGAUGAUGAUGAUGAAGACUUGAAUGACAUUGUGCAUUUAAGACCUUCUUAGGGUGGUCAUUGAUCUUAUUGGUUGUCUAGCAUAUUUUGGCAAACCUAUGAAUGGCCGGUUCUUAUGAAUUCUGUAGAAUUUUAACUUGGAGCAAAUUUUCGAAGUGGUUGCAUUUUCCAUCUUUUAUACUU